AGGAGCCAUCCAUAUGGAAGUACCCUGGGGUAAAAGAGAAGAUAGUUGCACUACUUGUUCCAACUUACAGUGCCUAACUGGGUAUUAAGAUUGUACUCCGUGGAAAUUGCUUCUGAGAGAGAGGGACAGAAGUGCUCAUUGGGGAAUUAGGACAAUAACACCUUAUUGGUUGGUCUGAGGUAAAAGCUGCACUUCAUUCUCACAUACACUGUCUUCAUAAACUGUAUUUACGGUAUAUAUAACAAUCGUAAACCGCUCAGUCUCCGGAAAUGGAGCGGCCUAUAAAUUGUAGCAAUGAGUAAGUACCUAAGUGCUUUCCUGUUCAUUGCUGUGCACUCAGACUCAUUAACCUGAUCAGGCUUUACUUCUGAGGUGAUUGCCUAGGAUAGCGCUGUCUCCUUAAAGUCACCGAGAUAUAAUUUUGAGAAACCGCACACAGGAACAGACCGAUGUCCAAAACUUUCGAGCAUCGCCAUCUUACGUAUAGAUGGGAUCGCAGUCUUACCGAGGAGUUUUGCUAAUGCUGCAAACUGCAAAUCUAUUCUAAAUCUAUACAUUUACUCGGGAGCAAGUGCUGCCCUGGAGUCUACUUCCGCACGAACACGCUCAGCCGUAGAACGUAUGAUUCACAUUGCACAGGAAAAAGAAAUCACUAACUUCCUUAUACGCCGAAAAAACGGACUCAUAACAAUUUCGCACGGACUCCCGAAGAGACGACCGGCGCAUGCGCGCCUGGGCACUCAUCUAAACAAAUUGAGCGACCCCGCCUCCGCCAGGACCCCUGCUAUCCAUCCAGCCGCGUCUCCCGAAGAGGGCGGAACUUGGAGAGCAUUUGCGCAUGCGGAUUAGGUCGGGCUUUUGAGCUGGCGGUUGUCCCGUCGCAGGCUCCGGCUUUCUUCGGAGGGGGAGGCGGGGUUAGGCCUCCGGAGCGGCUUUCUCUCUCGUGUCCGGGGCCUGGGCGGGAAUUCAUCCUGCGACUCCCGGGCUGCCCCGGUUGGAGGGGGCGCUGUAAUUAUGGCAAUGACGGGUCCAGCACCUUGUUCAUCUAUGAGUAACCAUACUAAGGAGCGAGUUACAAUGACAAAAGUGACAUUAGAAAACUUCUACAGUAAUCUGAUUGCACAGCAUGAAGAAAGAGAAAUGAGACAAAAGAAGCUAGAAAAAGUGAUGGAAGAAGAAGGCUUAAAAGAUGAUGAGAAAAGAAUAAGAAGAUCAGCACAUGCCCGAAAGGAAACAGAGUUUCUGCGACUGAAAAGAACAAGGCUUGGGCUAGAAGAUUUUGAGUCUUUAAAAGUAAUAGGCAGAGGAGCAUUUGGAGAGGUGCGGCUUGUUCAGAAGAAAGACACAGGGCAUGUGUAUGCAAUGAAAAUCCUACGCAAAGCUGACAUGCUAGAAAAAGAGCAGGUUGGCCAUAUUCGAGCAGAACGUGACAUUCUAGUGGAGGCAGAUAGUUUGUGGGUUGUAAAAAUGUUUUAUAGCUUUCAAGAUAAGCUAAACCUCUACCUUAUCAUGGAGUUUCUACCUGGAGGUGAUAUGAUGACAUUAUUAAUGAAAAAAGAUACUCUAACAGAAGAAGAGACUCAAUUUUACAUAGCAGAGACUGUAUUAGCUAUAGAUUCAAUUCAUCAGCUGGGUUUUAUUCAUCGUGAUAUCAAGCCAGAUAAUCUUCUCUUGGACAGUAAAGGCCACGUGAAGCUGUCAGACUUUGGUCUUUGCACAGGAUUGAAGAAAGCACAUAGAACAGAAUUCUAUAGAAAUUUGAGCUACAAUCUUCCUAGUGACUUUACUUUUCAGAAUAUGAACUCCAAAAGAAAAGCAGAAACUUGGAAAAGAAACAGGAGGCAAUUGGCUUUCUCCACCGUGGGAACUCCAGAUUAUAUUGCUCCAGAGGUCUUCAUGCAGACAGGGUACAAUAAGCUUUGUGACUGGUGGUCACUUGGAGUCAUUAUGUAUGAGAUGCUAAUUGGUUACCCUCCUUUCUGUUCAGAGACCCCUCAAGAAACAUACAAGAAAGUAAUGAAUUGGAAAGAGACUUUAAUAUUCCCGCCAGAAGUUCCUAUCUCUGAGAGAGCCAAAGAUCUCAUUCUAAGGUUUUGCUGUGAAUGGGAACAUCGAAUUGGUGCCCCAGGUGUUGAAGAAAUUAAAACAAAUCCCUUUUUUGAAGGAGUUGACUGGGAACAUAUCAGGGAGAGACCUGCAGCAAUUUCCAUAGAAAUCAAAAGUAUUGAUGACACAUCAAACUUCGAUGAAUUUCCAGAAUCUGAUAUCCUUAAAUCGGCAGCGACCACAGUGUACCUACAUAGAUGACAUAGUGACAGACGCCUUCUCUGAGAGUGUCCCAUGUGCCUUUCCACCAGAUAAAGCAGUGACAUAUUCUCCUUUUCUCCGUCCUUAUUUCAAUGCCACAAGUUUUGCUUUCUGUCUCCUAGAGUCUAAGAAACCCUGCUACUCCGAGUAGCUUUCUAGAUGUGAACCUACACAGAAGCUUCAGUGAGGAAGAAGCAAAUGAAAUAUUUGCAUUUAACUUAGAGAAGCUAAAAGGGAAGUAAGACCUGCUUCUGCUUUUAUAUAUCCUAUGUGCCUAGUUUUACAAUUACCGUGUUUGGACGUGUCUCAUCCCUGUGAGGCUAGGGUUUUGCUUACUUGCUAGAUAAUGAUGGAUUUGAAGUUAAAUUCUGGUGCUUGCUAAAUAUUGAAAACAUGUAGCAUAUAUGACUGGUGCUUAAUAAGCCUUAAGUAAAAAAAAAAAAAAAAGCUGUAGAAAACCCUCAGGGUAACCAGAUAGCCUAGAGAGUUGACCAGCGAAUAACUCUUCAAAGGGAGGAACAUUUUGUUACAUUCUGUCUCCGUUACAGUAAUGUAUUUCUUUUGCAUUGUGACUGUAUAGCACAUAGUUCUUGUGCCAUCGUAUGAUAGAUUAUGAAUGCAAGAAUCGUAUGUAUGUGGGUAAAUUGAAUUACAAUACAAGGCAUUCUGAUUGUCUUUUGUAAUUAGGAAAUACCCAGAAGGAUUGCUUUUUUAUUUUAGUGAAGUUGAAUAAAACAUAUUGCUAUAAGCAAAAGUCUAAUCUUGAGUUCUGCAAUCUGGACAGCGGCCAAGAUCUCAGUAGACUAUCCAGAUAUUAUCUAGUGUGCUUGUUUGCCACUAUGACUGUGGCUGAAUUCAGGACACAAACAAGGAUAGUGUACCAACAAGCUUAUGAAAAUUAAAUCUGUUUCAUUCCUUUAAAAAAAAACACAUGCUGUUUCCCCUUUGCAUAGAAGCAUUAUAAUUUGGAUUCCAAUGACUUUUUUGGAACACUAAAGCAAGGGUUCUCACCAAACGGAUCAUGUAUUUAAAUGCAUAAUGUUGGCUCCUCCUUGCCCAUAAUUAAGAGAGUGGUCCACUUGAACCUGAUUCCUUAUUCCUUCCCACCUUAACCAUAGUUAUGUUGGUAUUGAUUUCAAAGUGAACUAAAGAUCCCAGUUAACUAAGAUUUAAAAAUAUUAAGAUCUAGCUUAAUAGGAACCCUGUUAAGCCUUAAUUAACAUUAAUGUCAAUGUCAUUGUGAAUUCAUGACCAUAAUUCAGCUGCAUAGAAGCACAUAAUCCACAUAGGCUGCCACUUUCAUAUUGCUGGCUCUUGACAUCUUGCACAAGCUCAUAGUAUUUUUUUGAAAGUCACUUUUCUAGGAUGACACUUCCUUGUUUGAAAGCAGUUUUAGAUCUAAUUAGCCAAGCAAUUACAUCAUAGUAGUAAAUGCAAGUUGCUGUAUUUUGCUGCGCUGAAUAAUUAAGUAGUAGUAAUGUAUCUCCCACAUACCCCAAAGCUGCAAAAGUUUUGAAUUUUGGCAUGCUGGGGUAUGGGAGAAAAUAAAACCCUGGCUAAGAUAAAUAUAAGCAACACUGCUGGUUGUGUAUGAUUCCUAACAGGUUAUACUACACUUAGGUACUGACUAACCACUGUGCCUGGGUUCUGCCUUAUUUUGGUAGAUGACAAUUAUUUUGUAUCUGUGUAUGGCUGUUCCUAAAUGCAGUGUACAAUUUAGUAAACUUUGUAUGUGAUUUGUUGGUUUUAUUUGGAGACCAAUUCUAUAUGGAACAAUCUUUGCAUUCUGAAAUGUUUAAAAUUCAUUUUCAAUAAAU